AUGCGUUUCUCAACAUCAGCAGCGGCUGCGGUCGCCGUGGCCAUUCCGGGCGUGUCGGCCAACCUGAACCAGCUUGCAGUUGCGGCAGGAAAAAAGUACUUUGGUUCGGCCACGGACAACUCUGAGCUUACCGACACAGCGUAUACGGCUAUUCUCAAUGACACGACCGAGUUUGGCCAGAUCACGCCCGGCAAUGGACAAAAGUGGCAGUACACGGAGCCUUCUCAGGGUACCUUCUCUUACACGAGUGGUGACCAGAUUGCAGAUCUCGCAGAGGCAAACGGACAAUUGCUUAGAUGCCACACUCUGGUGUGGUACUCUCAACUUCCGUCAUGGGUCUCCUCUGGUACCUGGACGGCGGAUACCUUGACCUCUGUGAUACAGACUCACAUUGCCAAUGAGGUUGGUCACUACAAGGGACAAUGCUACUCAUGGGAUGUGGUGAAUGAGGCUAUUGCCGACGACGGCACAUACCGAACGUCUGUUUUCUACAACACCCUCGGUACCGACUAUAUCCCGAUUGCCUUUGAGGCAGCAGCCGAGGCCGACCCAGAUGCCAAGCUCUACUACAAUGAUUACAAUAUUGAGUACUCUGGUAGCAAGCAUGACCGAGCUCUCGAGAUUGUCGGCAUUAUUCAGGAUGCUGGCGCCCGCAUCGACGGUGUUGGUCUUCAGGGACACUUCAUUGUCGGAAGCUUGGCCAGCCAGAGCGACCUGACCAACGUGCUGCAGUCGUACGUGGAUGCGGGCGUCAGCGAGGUGGCCUACACGGAGCUCGACAUUCGCUUCACGUCGCUGCCCGCGACCGAUUCGGGCCUGCAGCAGCAGGCCACCGACUACGCCGCCGUCGUCAACGCCUGUCUCGCCGUCGACGAGUGCGUCGGUAUCACCAUUUGGGACUUUACCGACAAGUACUCGUGGAUCCCCAACACCUUUUCCGGCCAGGGCGCCGCCUGCCUCUACGAUGAGAAUCUGAGCAAGAAGCCCGCCUACACCACCGUCUCUUCCAUCCUAGCCGCGGCCGCGACGGGCGGCAGCGGCGCCACCACGACCACCGCCGCAGCUACGAGCACCAGCACGGCCGCCACCUCGACCUCGGCGGCUACUUCGACUACGGCCUCGACUCUGACCACGACUGUGCGCACGAGCACGACGAGCAGCACGGCCGCCGCCACGACGACGGCUAGCAGCAGCACUGGUGCCGCACACUAUGGGCAGUGCGGUGGAAAUGGCAAGCGCAAAUCCCGACGCUCUUCUUCUUGA